AUUCAAUACAUUCCCAACUCUAUUGCUAUAUUAACCCCUUAUUUCUCCAAACUUUCAGCACUCUUCUUAUACCACUCAUACAUCCCACAAGUUUCAUAUUUCACACAAUCUAAAUCAACCUCUACAUUUGUACACCAAAACUAUAACAAAAAAAAAAUAUGGCAUCUACUAUUUCAUCUUCUUUUACUUCUAACACAUUUACUUCCCUAUCCUCCACCACCAAUCAUCCUCGCCACGCCGCCACAUCCACGUCUCAUGUCUCGUUCCGACGGCCUCUCUCCACUAUCUCCGCCGUCUACACCACCACAAAUUAUUCAACAAGCUCUUCCGUAGGCGUUGCUUCUAAUACUUCCCUCCAAAACUCGUCGUUUUACGAGGUUUUGGGGAUCCCCGCGGGUGCCUCCGGUAAGGAGAUCAAGGCUGCUUAUAGGAAAUUGGCUAGAGUUCUUCACCCUGAUGUUGCUCUUGUCACAUCUAAUAAUGCCACGUCAUCGGUUGAUGAGUUUAUUAAGGUUCAUGAGGCUUAUGCUACAUUGUCCGAUCCUAAAAAGAGGGCUGAUUAUGAUCGGAUGAUGUGGCUUCAAGGUCGUCGGUUGAGUUACUCCCCUACCUAUUGUUCGAUGUCUUCCGGCACCAAAUAUGGUGGCGGAACGACAUCGUGUUCGGGGUUUUCCGGAUAUACUCGCCGUACUUGGGAGACUGACCAGUGCUGGUAGAAUUUAUUAAGCAUGUCUAGUUAGUUUUAGUUUUACUUGUGUACAAAUUUGCAGAUCAAGUUAAAAUUAAAAAAAAAAAAGAAAAAAAUUACGUAUAUAGUUUGAUGUGGAUAAAUUAGGUGUUACUGUACUUGAAUUAGAUUAAAUUAAAUUCCUCACAUCAAUUAAGUUAGAGUAAGUUGUAAGUAAAGUAAGAUGUGGAGGAAAUGUUUCACACUACAAGUAGAGGAUAUGUUUUUACCUCUUUAGUACUCCUAUAAUGAAGACACAAUGAAUAUUUUGGAUCCAAAUAUUUUCAAUCUCA